AUGGAUGAAGAGGACAAAAUUAAAAAUAUUUAUUUGAGCCUGAAAAAUAAAAACAGGAGAGAGUGGGCUGAAAUGAUGCAACAAUUGACAAAGGACCAGAAAAGAAGAUUAAUCUUUUACAUAAAGAAGAAAAAUAAAAAUUCUCUCAACAAGAUCAAUAAUAUUAAAGCUGAAAAAAAUAUCGAAAAGACCAAAACCAAAAAUAGUAUCCAACAUCGCCAACAAAUUCUAAUUGAUUACUCGAACGUAAAUUACGACUUAAAUUUAAAAAAUUAUAUAGCCAGAAUUUUGCGUAUUUAUAAAUUGAAAGAUAAUUUCGAUUUUGUGAAGGGACUCCAUUUAUACAUGAACAUCCUGUGCCAUGUUAUAUUUAAAAAAUUUUCAUUCGAAUAUAAAAAGAAAGAGGCGAUAAAUAAAAACCUUCUAAUAUUUCUAAAGAAUCUCUUCCCCUUUGAAUUUCAAAAAUUUCAAGAAAUAUAUAAUAUGAGAUGGAACAAAGACUUUAGCACAUGUAAAAAUGUUCCUCAUCAAAAUGAGAUUACCACAAAUGCGACCCCUAUGAAUGUUACCAUGGAUGAAGAGGAACCACAAAAGGGGAAACAAAUACAACCUCAUUCAAUGAGUAAUUCCCAAUAUAGGACCAACAAAAAGGAUGAACAGCAUCUGCAGGAUCAACCGCAUCUACAUGAUCAACCGCAUCUACAGGAUCAACAUCCAGCUAACAGCAACCCUUUGGAUAUAGCGAACCACAGUUAUGCCAGUAUGGAUGAAGAUACACACAAUAAUUGUACAUCUUCCCCAGGUUUUCCAACAAUUUCCUCAACGAUUAAGGAUGGAGUGUCGGUACAGAGUAUUACGAAAGAAAACACAACUAAUGAUAAAAGAAUCAUGUCAAGCAAUAAUCUGAACGUAUUAGUAAAAAAGGAGCUGGAGGAUCCAGAUUAUAACAAAUGCAAUACGAAGAAAGAAGAAAAGACAGGAGGAGGAAAUAUAGAAGAGUACAUUAAUAAAAAUGUUAAGAAAGAAUUUUCAUUUUAUGAACUUUGCAAAAAUAGAGACAUGAACAAAAUUUUAAAAAAUUUAUACGAUGAAAAAAGAUUUGAUUAUAGAAUACGAUUUAGAAGUAUUUUAUCAACAAGUUUAAAUAAUCUUGAAUAUAAAAAAUAUUGUGAUCAAAGAGAAAAAUUAUUUAAAUAUAAAAAAAAAAAUUUUAUUAAAUGGCUAGCUCAGUUUACUAAUAUCAAUUCAUUAGAUCUUUACAUUGUCAAUUUUUUUAUUUUUUUAUUUCUAGAUAGAUUAUAUUUAAUUGUUGAGACAUACAUACGACUUAACUAUUACAACGUGGUUAAAUCUCCUAUAUCGUCCAACGAAUAUUUGUUCGAUACCGUUGAUGAUUUUCAGAAUUUUACACACUUGUUAAAUUGUCUUACCAGCAUAUCCUCAUGCAAGAGUGAGAAUGGUGGAGGAACAGUUUCUUAUGACUCUAAUAAAGCAAUCGGAACAGCUGCAAUUACCAGGACAUGUACUGAUAACGAGAAGAAGACGACACCCCCAGUGGGAAAACAAGAAUCAGAAAUAUUCAAUGAGGAAUACGAUAACAUUGUGAAGGAAAAUUUACAGAAUUUUUUCCUUUCCUUAGAUUUAAUAUACAGCAUAGAUAUACAUAACUUUAAAAUAAUAAACAAAAUAAUCUUCGAAAAAUUAAUAAAAGUAGAUCUUUCCUCACAUGUAAACGAAACGAACAUUUAUAGCCUCAUUCAGUUUGAUGAAAAGAAAAACAUUAGCCCAUGGAAGACCUUCACUCAUUUCACCUUGAUGCAGAACAGGAAUUUAAAACUGCCAAAAUUUGAUUGCUUUUCCAUUUUUUUAAUUGUUCGUUUCAAAUAUUAUUUGGACGAGUUCAAACAAUAUGCCAAUAUUGACUAUAUUUACAAAACGGUAGAAGAGGAAUACUAUCAAAUUGAAAAAUAUUUGAAAUCUAAAAAUAGUAAUGAAGAAGGACAGUAUAUCGAAAUGACUAACGAAAAUUUUGCGAAUGAUGAAAACAAUGCAACUGCUACUGAACAUGGUCAUAACAACGAAAACGAAUUUGAAUAUAAUCAUUUAAUUCCACUUUAUCAGGGACUUCACAAAGAACUGAAAAAGGUAAAUGAGUACAUACGAUUCUACGGGAACCUACUAUCAUUUGUAAGCUUCAUUGAGAAGUAUUCCAAUAGUAGCCCAUCCAAAAAUAUUGUGAAGUUAGAACAAGAGGAAGAGAAGGUAGAUUAUUUUGAUCACUCCUUUUUUGUAGCUUCGGAUUUAAAGGAUAAUGUAAAGAAGGAGUAG